CGUCUUCCCCACAAAUUCUACGAUAAGAAAAAUGGGGUUUCCGGUAGGUUACACCGACAUAUUCCUUCCUAAAUUACUACUCUGCUUAAUUUCCGUUCUCGGAUUCACGAGGAGAUUCGUCUGCGCUUUACUCUCAUUGCUCUGGAUUAAGGAUUUCCUCGAACAACCUGCCGGAGCCGCGGCGGAGGAGCCUCGGACGUCGGUGUCGGCGGCGCUCAUCCGUGAGCUUCUUCCGGUGGUGAAGUUCGCAGAUUUGGCGGGGGAGAUGGAGGAUGCGCCGGAGAAUUGUGCUGUGUGUCUGUACGAAUUCGUCGGCGACGAUGAGAUCCGACGGCUGACGAACUGCAGGCACAUAUUCCACCGGAGCUGCCUGGACCGUUGGAUGGAUCACGAUCAGAAGACGUGUCCGCUCUGCCGUACGCAGUUUAUUCCUGAGGAUAUGCAGGAGAGCUUCAAUGAGAGGCUCUGGGCGGCAUCGGGGAUCUCCGAGUACAGCGGCGGCGCGUCGGCGAUAACCGCCGGUUUGUAGAGAUUGAUUUUGGAGAUUUUGAACUUUUUUGGGGGGUGAAAUGUAAUUAUUACCAAAGAGAGGAAAACGACAAAUUGUGAAAGAUAGGUGGUCUGUGUUACUGUUACCCAUCUAAUUUUAUAAGGUAUUUUUUGUUUUCUGAUCA